CAUAAAAACCCAAAAGUAACCUUGCCAGACGGCAACGACUCAUAAUCGAAGCGCAGCUCACUGACACUGAGUUGAAGAGAAAUCGUUUGCAGAUAGAAGCAACAUCUGAUGGCUCAACAAGCAGCGAUAGAUCAACAACUUGAACAAGCGGCCCAGUCUCCUCGGGAAGACAUGAUAUCAUGCGUAUCAGCAUUAGAAGCCGCUUUGCUUCCGUGCUUGCCCGCUAGAGAGCUCCAAGCAAUCGACCGUUCUCCACAUCCGUCUCAUCAGAUUGAUGUGGAGAGGCACGCUAGAGAUUUUAUGGAGGCUGCCAAGAAGCUACAACUGUAUUUUACUAGUCUGCAACGGGAGGAUCAGCCGACAAAGACUGAAAUACUUAGAAAGGAGAUUGCUAUGAUGGAAGAAGAAUUGAAGACUAAAAACGAGAUAAUCAAUAAACAGGAGAGACUCAUUCAAGGAUGGAGGAAUGAGUUGAAGGACCAAUUGAAUAAACACAAAACUGAGUUGGAGAGGGUAUAGUUAGUGAUAAAGAAUUUCAUGCAUCUCUUACUGUAGUAGAGAAACAAAAAAGGUUUGUUAUUUAUCAUUUAGGGUGGGAUC